ACAGUCUUCAUAGCAACGUCGUUAUCUUUCCACAUGUAUAAUCCAGUUUAACAGCUGGAUGAGUGUGCGGGAGCCAGUACGUUUUAGAUGCAGAUGUUUAGUGGGCCAAAUUUGAAGUGGGAGUGUGCUGUGUGUACGUUUGACUGGGCCAAAACAGCUGGAGAAAGAGAGGGAGAGAGGGAAGAUUUGGGACGCGCAAAACUGAAAGCAGAAACUAGAGCAAGAUGAGAUUUGACUGUCUGUUUUUGCUGACUCCUUGUAACCGAAUAUUGUUAUUUUUACAACAAUUAAACUAAAUUUAAGAGCAAAUGUGGAUGUUGUGGAGGAUAGACAGCAGAAGGACGAAGGAGCCACCAUAAUGCUCAACUGACUCCCUGGAUUCAACCAUGGAGGAGGCAAUGCCCUCUGAGGAUGCUGAACCUCUGUCUGCAUCCUCCAAAAACACAGACAUCCAUGUCGGGGAGCCAGAGGAUGGGCGUCCUUCCAGCACUAGCCCGGAGCCUGGCUCCACAUCCUUUCCCUCUAAUCAGCAAACUCAUGGCUCUGCCGUAUCAGCCCUGCAGUCCAAAGUCAAGGCGCUCUCAGAGCGCAAAGUUGUCUGGAAAGAACCUAGAAGCAAGAACCAGGACAAGCGGGUGGUUCCUGGGACCUUCAUGCUGGGAUAUGCCCUUACAGAUGCUUGGGGCUCCAGCAGCAGCGAUGAAGACGGUGAACCUCGCAAACCCUUGAUGUUCCUCACCCGAGACUCCAAUCCAGAACUUGAAUAUGAUCCCAUCUCUUCCGAAGCCUUCCUGGCAGUUCCCCGUGGCCUUGGAGAAGGAGCAAGUCUGGAGAACCUCUCGAAGGAUGCUUGUAGAGCACAAGAUGACUCAUCAACAUCCCAUAAACCUUGGAUGCCACCAAAGUGUUUCUGGAGAUCCAUUAGACAAGGGAAGUCGAUUCCAAAUGGAGAUGUUGCUGUGGGGAAAGAUGGAGGAAGCUUACCUUGGGCUGGUGGAGCCAAAAUGCAAAAGUUUCCAAGGGAACUCCAAAGGUCUGAUAGUCUAGAGAGUCACCUGCGCAAGUACAAUCAUGGUGAGGUGGGACAGAGUGGACUGUGGCGGGCCGACAGCUUGGAGAGCAUGUGCAGCAGUGGAAGCUCCCUGUCCCUGGCUGAGAGAGUGGAGAUGAACCGUGGACUUCUCAAACAGAUGCUGCAGAAAGCCCAGAAUAAAGACCACGUGCCAGGUCAAAGGCUUGAGGACCAGGCACACAUUAGUGGUAAAGGUAUCAGUGGCCUGAAUGAUAGUGAUUGGGAUUCUGGGAUAUCGCUGCAAGGUAGUGAACACAGCCAAAGGGCCUUUGUGUUGGGCGACGACCUUCCGCUGAGCCCUCGCCACGAGCAGGCCAAACGACUGCUGGAGAGAGCGCGUAUGAAGGCCCGGUCCAACCCUCUCAAAGCCGACCACACCAUCCUACCCGUCCAGAGGGACAACCCGGAGUUGCUCUCCUGGGUUGGUGUACCCCUACACCAGGCUCCUCUUGCGGGGAAGGAGGGCGUGGCGGUGGUCUCGGGAAACCUCAGUGACUCCUCCAGUGGAGAUUCAGCAGGCGGGACCCGCCGGAGACACGGGCAGUCUCCAACUCGUGUGCGAUUUGAAGAUGAAUCAGAGAAGGAUGCAGAGGUGCGCUACCUAGAGAGACUACGCCAAAGACGCAGGGCUGGAGAAAGAGCUCAGGGCUUAUUGGUAUCUAAACCCACCUUGUCUUCUUACAUCAAUGGACAGGCAGAGACUGGACAUGGGUCACAUGAGUCAAUAUUUUGGAAGACAAAAGCCAAGAAGAGUUUGUUGAAUGGCAAAAGUCCUGAGGCACUAAACAGGUCAUGCAACUCUUGUGGGAUCUUUUUAAAUGAACCUCAAGGACCUUGCUUGAACUCAAAUACUCUGUCCUUACCUAAUGGGGAAGUUGAAGGGAAGAAGAUACCAUGUUGGGUUGCUCCCACCCUUCCCAACCGGCUUGUCCGGAUUGAACAGAUUAAGGAGACGUACAUUGGGACAAGUCCCGCUAUUGUCCACAGUGAUGGGACGCACUGCAGUCCUUCGGAUAACAGUAAUGGUAGAGGAACAUUUCAGAAGCUAAAGAAGAAGGUUCGGAAAUUUGACAGCAAGCGGGAACCUUUGUAUGUAAAUGGCCUCAGGACUCCAUCACCUCUGGACUGCAACAAACUUGCAACACCCAACGGAACUCAAAUGUAUCUCUUGAAUGGAGUAGCAUUGCCACUCAAUCCCUAUGCCACAGAUACACUUGGACAGAGAAUCCCAGCCACAACCAGCAAAGGUCCUGUGGCACCUCCAUUGCCCCCCAAAGGAGAGCCACCCAGUUCUCACCCUGCCCAGCCAACCCCUCCACCUCUACAACCUAAAAAAUCAGCCCUGAAAUCCAGCUCCAAGAACCGCACUAAUGAUCAGCGGACCGUCACAAUUAUGCCUUCGUCAGAGUACCACAUGGUUCAUCUGGACUCCACAGAGGCAGGGGGCACUGUGGACAAUUGUCCUCAGGAGCAGACCCCCCCUGUUUUGGGUUACUGGGAGGACAGAUCUGUGAUAGUCACCCCUGGACCCUUACUCAGGACGAGCCCAGUUCUGUGUGCAAAUUUUCCUAUACAAGGGGAAGAAAGGUCAACAGAUGUGGAACAGCACCAGGCAACAGGACAGCUAGCAUCUGAUGCAACAUCCAGCAGUGCUGAAUCACCCCAGUCUCGUCUCAAUGACGGACACGUCCGAGGGCCAAUCAGACCAGUACAUAACAGGGCAGCAAGCCCAAACUUUUCACAAGCGGGAACAAAUGCCGAUCAGCGGGAAGGGCGACCCAAGCUCUCCCUGCGGAGGUUCUUCUCUGCCAUGGGGCUGAACAGUGUGGGGUUGCUGGGAAAGGGUCGGUCAAGCAGUAUGGAUCAGCUCAGCCUGCACCCCAAACCCAACUCAAGCCUGAACCAAAACACCAGGCCUACAUCGCCCUCCCCAUCCCCAAGCCCCACACACAGACACCACCAUCAGCUGAAGAAAGCCCCGUCACUGCAGACGAUACGACUGGGGUCUCCAUUUCUCCAGCUGAGGAGAUCUUCCUCUGCUCAAAACCUCCAAAUCCCUAGGAAAAAAACGGAUCGCUCUUCUGCAUACACCCCAGGAGAACAACCCUGUAGUCCUGUAUUAAGCAGGGAUCUUCAGCGUGCCUUGAGUGUGGAGGAUGUGGGACGUCCCAGUGCAGUAAGGCCGGUGGGACGUGUGGCUCAGGCCUUCCCUGACGGCACCAUCCUGCUGGAGCUCUCCAGACCCCCGAACGGACCCUUCGGCUUUCUCAUCUCAAGAGGAAAAGGCAGGCCGGACUCAGGGGUGUAUGUUGAAGAAAUGGGCGACAGCAAUAUGGAGAAACUGUACGCAGGGCUGCUGGGGGUCGGGGACGAGAUUUUAGAGGUGAACAGCGAGAAGGUGGCGGGACUCAGUCUGGACCUGGUAACCCGUUUAAUGACUCAAAACAGCACCGCUUCCAUCCGUGUGCUACAGCACAGACGUCUGCAACGCUAACUGAAGACGAGAUGUUUCACUGCACUCAAUGUAAUCAAAAGACGGUCAGAUGAGUUUUUGUGAAAGGCAGUAUUACGUUUUAUCGCCCUUUGGAGCUGUAUUAUGGGGACAUAUUAUAAACAUUUAUAAAAAAAAUCAUGAUUUUAUUUCAUUCAAAUUGUUCCAGUAUCAUUUUUUUGGACUAACUCAAACACUGAAUCAGUGUUUGGGGUGUGUUCACACCAAGGAUGAUAACUAUAUGAUUUACCGCACUGUUUUGCACACUUAAGAUGCAACGGUCCUUCAAAAAGGAAGUUUGCAUAAAUAUUAGUAUUUUUUAAAGUUUAAUUCCAUUCAUUUAAUUUCAGUCACAUUUGUUUUACUUAACUCAUUUAGAGGAGAUCUGUGAUAUGAAGGAUACAAUUUAUAUUGAUUUACAGCAUUAUUUUGUGUGUUUUCUUUUUUUUUAAGUAAUGAUGCACAACAGUCUACAGCAUAGGUCUCAAACUCAAUUCCUGGAGCGCCACAGCUCUGCACAGUUUUGCUCCAACCCAAAAUCAAACACAGCUGAUCCAACUAAUCAAGGUGUUCACUACUAGAGACUAUUAAGCAAGUGUGAGUUGGAGUGGUUGGAGCUAAACUAGGCAGAGCUGCGGCUCUCCAGGAAUUGAGUUUGAGACCAUUGGUCUACAGCAGGGGUGUCCAAACUCGGUCCUGGAGGGCCGGUGUCCUGCAGAUUUUAGCUCCAACUUGCCUCAACACACCUGCACGGAUGUUUCUAGAAAGCCUAGUAAGUGCUUGAUUAGCUAGCCCAGGUGUGUCUGAUUGGGGUUGGAACUAAACUUUGCAGGACACCGGCCCUCCAGGACCGAGCUUGGACAUGCCUGGUCUACAGGAAUAGUUUUUAACUUUUAGUUUCGGUUUCAUUUUAUUUUUGGCUGGAAAAAAAAUACUUUGUUACAAACAUUGAGUUGAAAGGAACAAAGUUUUUUUCACUAAUUUCAUUCCAAACUCAUAAAAUUUUUGUCCGAACUCAACCCUGAAUGUUCAUUUAAGAAUUGUUCGCAUUAAGGAUGAUAAAUAUAAUGAUUUGCCAUCCUUUGGACUUCAAUGAUGACAUAACAGCGCACAUUAAAGAAAUAGUUCGCUAUUGAAAAUUAAAUCACAGCUUUUCGCUGAUGUCUUAUUGCUCAUCAUCAUAAAUUAAAAUAAGGGCGCAUGACAGCUGAGCGGGACUCUACAAAAUAAACCAUGAAACUCUGACCAAUGUGAGGAGAGUUUACUCGCACGAGACUUGUUUUAGCUAUUUUUAAUGGACCAAAAUAGCUAAAACAAGUCUCUAUUUUCAUUUAGAAACUUUGCCGUGUGAAAGUGAACCUCACCAAGAACAAAGUGCAACAUAGUAACAAUUUUAAUUCCUGUUUUGGAACAAGAGAAUCGAUCCACAGGUGUGAAAGCACCCUUAGAUCAAUAUAGAGUAAAAAAGUCCAGAGCUUAUCAUUGUUAUUAACAAAUUUAAUCACGAUUCGAUAUAAUAGCGUUUAUCGGCCCAGCCGUAGCUAUAACCAAUAACUGCCAUUUGGAGCUUUUUGUGCGAUGGUCCGUGUUACAUUUUUCGCUUUGUUAUCAUUCGUUGAUGUUGAAGCUAAUAUAUUUAUCAUUCUUGUUGUGGCCUUUAUGUUUAAUUUACAGCAGUACAUUGAAAAACAAACAACAUCCUGAUUUAGUCACAUUAAUGUAGUUUUUUUCUGACCAGAAUGCUAUACUAUUAAAUUAUAUUGUUACAACAGAAUAUGACACAUCUGUGAUACAACUAUGUAUAAAGGACAAGAAUAUUUCACGCACCAAAUUUCAAGCUAAACUCAAGUAUUAUCAUAAUGAAGGACAAUAUUUAUCUUCUUCAGUACAUUCAGUUUCAUCCAAAGACUUUUCACAGUGGGUUCUAGUACCUUCUCCAUGCUGCUGACGAGUACACAGAUCUAUACUGUACACGAUCAAAAGAGCUUUAUAUACUCCUCCUAGAGCGCACACCGGCUCAGUGCGCACCCAGCAUUGCAUUGAUCAUCCGCUUGAAAUGCUCUUUAGUAAAUUGAUUGGAUAUUUCUCCAUGAGCCAGCACAUUGCUAUGCCUCUACAGUGAAAUCCCACACCAUUAGUGUGCUGCCCUAAAGAAGAUCAGUAUUACGGUACAUGCUACGCAAAAGGCUACCAGUCUAAUGUAUUUUGUUACAUUUAUUUAUGUGUUCCUAUCAAAUAAAACAACUGGCUUUUGUGGGA